CUGCGCGCGGCGCUGGCGGAGUAGCUGUAGCUGUAGCAGCAGCCGCGAAGAUGGCGGAGGGGUUGGAGCGUGUCCGGAUCUCCGCGUCGGAGCUGCGAGGGAUCCUGGCCACUCUGACUCCGCAGGCCGGGAGCAGAGGUGACUGUUCCCCGUUGCCCCAGCCCUCUCACGCCAGCCCGUGGAGUCCCAGCCGUGAGGAGACGCGGAGAGGAGUGGGCGCCGGAGUCUGGUGGAGGCCCCCGCGGCGUAUGGUUCCCAGAGGCAUCUUCCGCAGGCCUGCCCCGUCGUCUCUUUAGCGUUGGGGAGAAAGAGCUGGGGACAUGGAGGAGAAAGGUUUAACAGCUUGGGACUUCCUUGCUGAACUUUUUCCCCACAAGGCAGGCUUUUGAAGGCUGCGCCACCCGAGGGAUCCAGGACCUCCGAGAGCCGACUCUAUUCUGGUUUGGCCUUGGCAUGUGUGGGAGCAGUUUUUAUCGGAGAGUAUAUUCAACUUGCAAGUUAAAGUCUCCAAACACUAGGAAAGCUCCAAAGAAGAUUCUAGUGUCUCACCUCUCCUUGGUUAAGCGUCUGUAGUGGAGUUGUGUAGAAUGAUAGUUAUGCUUCUGCAGGCUUGUGGCCAAAGUCUUUGAAAUUGGUUUUCGUUGGUCAUCUGAAUUGGAUUAUUCAGGUUUUCUCCCUCUGCUCUGGAAAGUGGUAGUGGCUAUCCCCACUUCCCCCUCACCUGGGUCACAAAGCCUGCUGAGGGUGAAGCUCUUCUAGAGUUAAACUGCUUUACCUUUAUUCAUAUUGGAUGAAGCAGUCUUUUAAACUUCUGAAAAAAAUAAAGCAGUAUCUUAAUCUUCAGGGUUUUUUUCCCCCCUUUUUGUUUUGUUACACCCCUGGGUAUAAAUUCUGGAGCCUGUGAUCCCUGUUAUGUGCUUGUUUGCAUUGGUGUUUAUAAAACAAUACUGGGAUUUUCUGUAGUAUUCUGUUUUUGAGUACUCUGUAAUCUCACUAACUCCUGUUGUUUCCCCACUGAACAGUCUAGUGGCUACAGUAGCCUUUCCCCUUAAUAAAUAAAGGUAACAGAUACAAAAAAAAGAUACUUGCUUAUCUGUCAUUAGGUGAGUUCCUGGAGCCUAGAGAGUGGUUACUAAAGUUCUGCACUCUUGUUCUUGAGUGCCUCAGUCCUUGGUAUUUUGAGAGCAUGUCACAAUACUUCCAUCAUCCUUCAGGGAAAGCUACCUUAUGGAACUUUUUCCUUCUCAUAUUCCGUCAUCAUAGCAGUUAGUCUCAGUAUUCUAAUGAUGAUAGUCUGAGCAGUAUUUCCUUGGAAUGACCCUGCUGGCUGCUGUUAAGAGAGUUGGUGACCAUGAGUGGAGUUGAAUGUGAAAGGAACUGCUUCCUGUUUGCCUCAAAAGUGGGUAUGUGAUUGGGUAAUUGAUAUCCUUAAGAAGAGGAUUGUCCUGGCCAAGUUCAGUGACUGGAGUUGCAAAUAUUUCUCCAGAGAUGUACAGAAGUGUGGAUUUUUAUGCAUACUCCUCUUUUUCUCCUCCCUCCCCCCAUUGGUAUGCUAAAAGGACUUAGCCACUUCGGGAAUUUGUUAGAGGCAGAAGAAGAAAAGGCUAAGAUGGAUCCAAGAGCUCUACAGCAGAGAACAGUCCGGUGCUGAACUGGUUAGAGAUCUUUUAUUCUGAUGCUGAUGAGGUAGUUUGGGGUCUUGAGGAUCCAAAUAUGACUUGGGUAACACGAGAGAGUAAGGUUUUUUAUUCUGUUUCCCUAACUUAGCUGUAGGUAGUUCCAACGCAGUUAAUUUCUUAGCUUUGCCAGUUGCUGAACAAAUAUUGUAAACCUAGUAGAGCUUCUGCUUCUGUGGAAAUUUCCUUCUUUGUCCACCAAUAUUAAUAUUUCAAUGUGUAAUUCUUGCUUGACUUUUCUGUUACUUAACCAGAAUGACAGUUUUUUUCCUUCCCUCGUCCUUUAUCCUUUUCUUCUACCUUUUCCUCCCUGAUACUCUCUCCAACAUCACAGAAAACAUGAAGGAGCCCAGACAGCGUAAAGAUAACAGGCGCCCAGAUCUGGAAAUCUAUAAGCCUGGUCUUUCCCGACUAAGGAACAGACCUAAAAUCAAGGAACCCUCUGGGAGUGAUGAAUUUAAGGAUGAAAUUGUUAAUGAUAGAGAUUCUUUGGCUGUUGGAAAUGGUACACAGGUCAUUAAAGAUGUCUGCAAGGACAACCAGCAGCAAAAUGGUCCUGUAGACCCAGAAAACACUCGGGCACAGGAGUCCUUUCCUAGGACUGUUGGACAAGAGGAUCGAAGUCUAAGAAUUAUCAAGAGGAUGAAGAAGCCUGACAUGCAGAUCUAUCAGCCUGGAAGGCGUUUGCAGACUGUUACCAAAGAACAGACUAGCCGGGUGGAUGAGGAAGAAAUUGUCAACCAGGUAGAACAACUGAGAGUAAAGGAGGAUGAGUAUAGGGGAAAUGUGAAAGAGGAGGCUGUGAAUAAACCAGACAAAGAGGAGGCAGAAAAGAGUCUAAGUGGUGACAGAGUGAGGGCCACAAAAGGAGAAAAAGGGAAGAGGAUUGAAAAAGGGGAGGGCGUGAAGAAGGUGAACGAUGACCCUGCUCAGGGGAAGCCGGGUUCUGCAAAGCGCUACUCCCGCUCAGACAAACGGAGGAACCGCUACCGCACUUGCAGUACCAGCUCAGCUGGGAGCAACAACAGUGCCGAGGGGGCUGGCCUGACUGAUAAUGGAUGUCGCCGCCGCCGCCAGGAUCGGACCAAGGAGAGGCCACGACUGAAGAAGCAGGUAUCUAUGUCCUCAACUGACUCCUUAGAUGAGGACAGAACUGAUGAGCCUGAUGGACCCCGGAGGAGCACAGAGAGGAAGAAACAUUUAGAUAGAAGCUGGUCUGGCCGUGGAGAAGGAGAGCAGAAAAGCAAUGGCAAAGAAAAUCGAGGCACCCUUCGUGUUACUUUUGAUGCAGAAACCAUGAACAAAGAUUCCCCCGUGGUGAGGUCAGCCAGGGAGGAUGUGGAUAGGAUAAAGCCAGACAAAGGCUCAAGCAGUGGGGGCAAAGGCUCUGAGACUCAGGAGUCCAAAAACCUAAGACAAGAACUUCGGGGUCGUGGCCGUGGCAUUCUGAUUUUGCCUGCGCAUACCACCCUGGCUGUCAAUUCAGCUGGUUCUCCUGAAUCUACACCUCUGGGACCUCGGCUUUUAUUUGGAUCUGGUAGUAAGGGAUCUCGGAAUUGGGGCCGAGGAGGCACUACUCGACGAUUGUGGGACCCAAACAAUCCUGAUCAGAAACCUGCUCUAAAGAGCCAGACACCCCAGCUACAUUUUUUAGACACUGAUGAUGAAGUCAGCCCUACCUCUUGGGGUGACUCACGCCAGGCCCAAGCAUCUUAUUAUAAGUUUCAAAACUCUGACAACCCCUAUUAUUACCCCCGGACACCAGGCCCUGCCUCCCAGUAUCCUUACACAGGCUAUAGCCCUCUGCAGUACCCGGUGGGCCCUACAAAUGGUGUGUACCCAGCGCCUUACUACCCAGGCUACCCGACUCCAUCAGGACAGUAUGUUUGCAGCCCUCACCCUGCCAGCACCAUGAGUCCUGAGGAGAUGGAGCAGCACAUGAGGAACAUGCAGCAACAGGAACUACAUAGGCUGCUCCGGGUGGCUGACAACCAGGAACUGCAGCUCAGCAACCUGCUCUCUAGGGACCGCAUCAGUCCUGAGGGCCUGGAGAAGAUGGCUCAGCUCAGAGCUGAACUGCUGCAGCUGUAUGAGCGCUGUAUUCUAUUAGAUAUUGAGUUCUCUGAUAAUCAGAAUGUGGAUCAGAUCCUGUGGAAGAAUGCUUUCUAUCAGGUGAUUGAGAAGUUCAGGCAGCUUCUCAAGGAUCCGAAUGUUGAGAACCCAGAACAGAUUCGGAGCAGACUUUUGGAGCUCUUGGAUGAGGGUAGUGACUUCUUUGAUAGUUUGCUUCAGAAGCUGCAGGUUACUUACAAGUUCAAACUGGAGGACUACAUGGACGGUCUUGCCAUUCGCAGCAAGCCACUACGAAAGACAGUAAAAUAUGCCUUGAUCAGUGCCCAGCGAUGUAUGAUUUGCCAAGGAGAUAUCGCCAGGUAUCGGGAACAAGCCAAUGACACAGCAAACUAUGGGAAAGCACGCAGUUGGUACCUGAAGGCCCAGCACAUUGCUCCCAAGAAUGGGCGCCCCUAUAACCAGUUGGCUCUGCUGGCGGUGUAUACGAGGAGGAAGCUUGAUGCUGUCUAUUACUAUAUGCGCAGUUUAGCUGCCAGCAACCCUAUUCUGACUGCCAAGGAGAGUCUCAUGAGCUUGUUUGAAGAGACCAAACGGAAGGCAGAACAAAUGGAAAAGAAGCAACAUGAGGAAUUGGAACUGAGCCCUGACCAAUGGCGGAAGGGAAAGAAAUCUACUUUCCGGCAUGUUGGAGAUGACACCACUCGCCUGGAGAUCUGGAUUCAUCCAUCCCAUCCCCGGUCCUCCCAGGGCACUGAGUCUGGGAAGGAUUCUGAGCAGGAGAAUGGGCUGGGCAGCCUGAGCCCCAGUGAUCUGAACAAAAGGUUCAUCCUCAGUUUUCUCCAUGCCCAUGGGAAGCUGUUUACCCGGAUUGGGAUGGAGACAUUUCCUGCAGUGGCUGAGAAGGUCCUCAAGGAGUUCCAGGUGUUGCUGCAACAUAGUCCCUCUCCUAUCGGAAGUACCCGCAUGCUGCAGCUUAUGACCAUCAAUAUGUUUGCUAUACACAACUCCCAGUUGAAAGACUGCUUCUCGGAGGAGUGUCGCUCUGUGAUCCAGGAGCAAGCCGCAGCCCUGGGCCUGGCCAUGUUUUCUCUCCUGGUGCAGCGCUGCACCUACUUACUUAAGGAGUCGGCCAAAGCUCAGAUGUCCUCUCCUGAGGAUGAGGAGGACCAAGAUGACAUCAAGGUGUCUUCCUUCGUCCCGGACCUGAAGGAACUGCUCCCCAGUGUGAAAGUCUGGUCAGACUGGAUGCUCGGCUACCCAGACACCUGGAAUCCCCCACCCACCUCCUUGGAUCUGCCCUCACGGGUUGCUGUGGAUGUGUGGUCGAUGCUGGCUGAUUUCUGUAACGUACUGACUGCAGUGAAUCAGUCUGAGGUGCCACUGUACAAGGACCCGGACGAUGACCUCACCCUCCUUAUCCUGGAAGAGGAUCGGCUUCUCUCAGGCUUUGUCCCCUUGCUGGCUGCCCCUCAGGACCCCUGCUACGUGGAGAAAACCUCGGAUAAGGUUAUUGCAGCCGACUGCAAAAGGGUCACGGUGCUGAAGUAUUUUCUGGAAGCCCUUUGUGGACAAGAAGAGCCUCUGCUGGCAUUCAAGGGUGGAAAAUAUGUGUCAGUGGCACCCGUCCCAGACACCAUGGGAAAGGAAAUGGGAAGCCAAGAGGGAAAACAACUGGAAGAUGAGGAGGAGGACGUGGUGAUUGAAGACUUUGAGGAAGAUUCAGAGGCUGAAGGCAGCGGGGGCGAGGAUGACAUCAGGGAGCUUCGGGCCAAGAAGCUGGCUCUGGCCAGGAAGAUAGCCGAGCAGCAGCGUCGCCAAGAGAAGAUCCAGGCUGUCCUGGAGGACCAGAGUCAGAUGAGGCAGAUGGAGCUCGAGAUCAGACCCUUGUUCCUUGUACCAGACACCAACGGCUUCAUUGACCACCUGGCCAGUCUGGCACGGCUGCUGGAGAGCAGGAAGUACAUCCUGGUGGUGCCCCUCAUCGUGAUCAACGAGCUGGACGGCCUGGCCAAGGGGCAGGAGACAGAUCACCGGGCUGGGGGCUAUGCCCGUGUGGUGCAGGAAAAGGCCCGGAAGUCCAUUGAGUUCCUCGAGCGGCGAUUCGAGAGUCGGGACUCUUGUCUACGGGCCCUGACCAGCCGUGGCAAUGAACUCGAAUCCAUUGCCUUCCGCAGUGAGGACAUCACUGGCCAGCUGGGUAACAACGAUGACCUGAUCCUCUCCUGCUGCCUCCACUACUGCAAAGACAAGGCUAAGGACUUCAUGCCCACCAACAAAGAGGAGCCAAUCCGGCUACUGCGGGAGGUGGUGCUGCUGACGGAUGACCGGAACCUGCGCGUGAAGGCGCUGACCAGGAACGUGCCUGUGCGAGACAUCCCGGCCUUCCUCACGUGGGCCCAGGUGGGCUGAGGGCACCUCAGCGGGG